UCAAAUAUUUAAGUAAAUAAUCAAAAUCUUUUCUGUAGUACUUUCGACCGUCUCGCGAUCAUUUUCAACAGUGAAUUUCUUAUUUGAACAAUUAUUUUUUAUUUAUUUCUCAUGUAUGCAUAUAUUCUAUGUCUAAUAUACUCUUAUCUGAAUUGUGGUAGGUAUGUGUUGAAGAAUGCCCAUUAGAGAACUGGACAGCCAUGAAGUAUACGUCGGGUCUUGAGCCUUUCGAUCGGGAGGACGUCAAGAAGAAUAUCAUCUGUAAGACUGAAAAAAUUGCAGGAAAAAUAGAUAGUUUGGAAAAGCUGAAAUCUGUGAUAGACAAUGAGCUCUGUGCUCCAUGGCAAAUAAAGAGUUCGCCAGUUUACAAGCGAUGUGUACCUUCUUUGAGGGAUAUUCACGAUGCGGUGGUCUCUAUGACUUCUGCGCACUUAUCUGAAGAACUACUUCAGAAUUCAACAGAAGUAAUUAAUGCGUUCUCCACAGUCAUUGAGAUUAAAGAAAGAGUGAUAGAGGACAUGGUGUAUGUGUGGCGCUACCUUCUCAUUGGUCUUUUCUUAUCGAUGUUUGUCUGCCUCAUCUAUAUCACUCUGUUGAGAUGGAUUGCAGGUCUUGUGGUGUGGCUAUCACUAUUGGCCAUAGUUGGAUUAUUGUCUUUUGCCACUUACUUUUGCUUCAACACAUGGCAAUACCUGAGCCAAGAUCCCGAUCACGCGUUGGUAAAUCCUACAAGUCGAGCGUUGCGCGGCAAAGUCAACGAAAUCCUCAACAAGCCCUCGACGUGGAUGGUGCUGCUCAUCAUCUCCGCUGUACUCUCUGUGCUCACUAUUGUCAUCCUCAUCUUCCUCAGAGCUAGAAUCAGGAUUGCGAUCGCUCUUAUCAAAGAAGGCAGCAAGGCUGUUGGCAGUGUGAUAUCGUCGCUUUUCUUCCCAGUAUUUCCCUGGAUCUUCCAACUCGUUUGCGUACUUUGUUUCAUCUACAUAGCCUUCCUGCUUACUUCGAUUGGCCGUAAUACUUUCAAAGUUCAUGGACUGAAUAGUAGCCACCCCAACUGCAUUUGCAAAAAUGGUUAUAAGAAUGGAGACAUGUGCGAGGUGGAUGUCUUCCAAAGAGAGUGUACAGCGCCCGGCUCGGGAGGUCCAUGUGUGCUGGCCGGGUGCAGGUUCUUCCAGCAGGAGAGCGACAGCACCAUCACCUACUUCCAGCUCUACAAUCUGUUCUCGCUGCUGUGGACUCUGUCCUUCUUCUCGGGCGUGGCCAAGAUGAUUUUGGCGGGAACCUUUGCCACCUGGUACUGGACCUUCAAGAAGCGCGACCUUCCCUUCUUCACGCUAACCCAGUCUAUCUAUAGGACGCUCAGGUUCCAUUUGGGCACAGUGGCAUUCGGAUCACUGCUGUUAGCGAUCUGUAACUUCAUUCGAGCGUUGAUUGAAUUUGCCGAAGUGAAGUUGAAGAAAUACGACAAUUUCUUCACCAAGGCGAUCUUGUGCUGUUUCCGUUGCUUCUUCUGGUGUUUGCACAAGUUCCUCUGCUUCAUCAGUGCCAACGCCUACAUCAUGUGCUCCAUUCACGGCAAAGGAUUUUGCAGCUCUGCCCAUGAUGCGUUUUCGUUGCUCAUGAGAAACGUCGUCAGAGUGGUGGUUGUUGAUAAGGUGACGGACUUCCUGUUGUUCCUCGGCAAGCUGGUGGUGACCGCGUCGAUGAUGAUCGGCGCCUACUACGUGUUCCACACCGAUCAGCUGCGACUGCUUGACAACUCGGGUCGUGACGUCAAACUCAACUACUUCUUCCUGCCGAUCGCCGUCAUUGGCCUCGGCACCUACCUCAUCGCCUCCAUCUUCUUCAGCGUCUACGCCACGGCCGUCGACACGCUAUUCCUCUGCUUCCUUGAGGAUUGCGAAAGAAACGAUGGAUCAUCGGAGAGACCUUAUUUCAUGUCAAAGAGACUCAUGAAAAUUCUAGGCAAGAAAAACCAGAAGCCCAAGCACAACUAAACGUUUGUUUUUCCUAUAUUUUAUUACCAGUUGUUAGAUUUAUUUUAUUUGAAAAACUAUUUCGAAGUUAGGCAUUCAUACCAAAGCUAUAUGAUUUAUUUUAUUUUGAUGAUACGAAUAGUUAAUCUACUACUACUCUUAGUUUAAGCUUUGCAUAUGCUGUAAUUUAAUCACUGUAAGUCAGUAUCGAGCUCAUUUGUUUUUAUUCAUAUCUAAGUGCAGACUGAAUUAUUAUUUCACUGUAUAAAGUUAUUAUCAUUUUUGACUCUAAUACCGAACUUGGUUGAAUCGUAACAGAAUCUUCUUUUCAUUUUUUGUGCUAAAGAUAAAAAUAAAUGCUACUGCCAAUCAAUGACUGAAUAGAAAAAAUAGAAAAUACUGUACUAUCCUACCUGAGAGCUUUCAGUGAAUGAGUCAUAAUUUCCAUUGGGAAACGAAAAAAUUGUAGCAUAAUUCAUAUCUACUAAAACUAAACUAUUUGUAGUAUACGCUCAUUCAAUCUAUUGUAAUUAGACUUCACUUCAAUUCUGACGCACCAAACUUUUCGUUUUUAUUUUAGGAAAAUGUUUACACCGAAAACUCAAAGAACUUUAUUAUAGUAAUAUAAAUUUAAUUUAUCUCAUCAUGAAAGAGAUUCAAGCUCUAAAAGCUAACAUACUGUGAUUUGAUAAUACUGCGAUACUGUGUAAUAAUCGUAUCUCAGAGAUAAUAAUGAUCAAUAGAACUACUGUUUAAGUAUAGAUACCUUGAGAAUAAGUUUAUUUAAGAUUUCAUUACAGAUUCCAUUAGAAUAAAAAAUCAUCAAACAUCUUCCUAUAAUAUUGGACGUGAUUAGUUACCGUUCUGUUUCAAUAUUUAUUAUGGUUGUUUAUAUUCACUGAUUAUUAAAUAUUAUGCUAGUUUUUAGUCAAAAAAGGGUUGUAUUAUUGAAGAAUCUGGAAACAAAAACAUUAAUGGCGUUUAUAGAUGUUUUGGUGAUAAAUUCUUUGAAAGCUGCUAAAUAUUUGACAAUUAUUUAUCAAUUUUCUUGAAAAUUAAAGCUGUAGUAUUCUUCUCAAUGAUGUAGCUAAACAUGAAAAUUACAGUACAAUAACAUUUCAAAAAAUGGAAUUCGUAGAAAAUCUGAAGUAAUUAUUGUUCAAUUUCAGUAGAUUCAAUUUAAUAAUAAUAAUUAGUUCACACGUGUUCAUAAAAUACUUACUCUGAAGUAUAGUUGUUGUGGAUCAGAAUAUGGAAUGGAGUUAGUAAUAUUAAUUAUUAUUAACUGUAUCAUAUUCAAUUCAAAAAUUGCUUUCAAGGUUAUUUUGAAUCUUAUCAAAUGUAUCUCAUUGAUUGGUUUAUAAUCAGUAAUAAUCAACUAUAGCUUGUUGAACACUUUACAGUACACACAAUUCCUAAAUCAAAUUACAUUUUAUAAAUUUCUCAUUGUAAAAAAAAUCUAUCAUGAGAUACUAUACGAUUGGCAUGAGACUGAAUUUUCAAGAUAGUUCUCUCGUCUUAUGUAUAUAUGGUAGGUAGGUGAAAUUUUGUAUUGCUGUACACUCUUCAUUGCAGAAUACUGCAGUCUCAUUAUUUGAUAAGUUAUUGAAACUACGUAUUUUAUUAUCAUCUUUUUGAUAAUACGUUAUAUAGUAAAUAGUAUUAAUUGAUUACUAGGGGUAAUUUCAUCGGUCAACGCCUAUGCGACAAAUGUUAUGAAAAAUCAACUUUUCUAUUUGAAUGGGUUCUCUUGAAAUAUUGGACAGAAAAUCUGGCCAAAAUAAUAAUUUUCAAAUUGCUAUCAUACAUGAAUACCAUCAUUCUAGUAGAAUGAAGUAUGGUCAGAAGAAUAAGUAGAAAUAUUGAAGUUGAUUAAAAAUUGUGAAUUGCUUGCCUUACAUCUAUCAGUGUCUUAAAAUGAACGCCUUAAUUUAAUAGAUUUUCUAGUUUUUGACUCUUGCCAACCAAAGAGAUGGAUUUUCCCAACCUACUAAAAUAAUAAAAUAAGCAAACAGGAGCGUUAUGCUUCGUCUUUGCUAAAAAUAUAAAAUAUUAAGCAAAAACUUACUGAUUAUUAUAGUAAUAUAAAAACCCCUUGUUCGAGUAAUACAAACAAUAAAACUAUUUGAUACUCUCUGUAGUCUAUUGUAGUUGAUUUUUAAGUUUGGUACUGUUUAUUGUUAUUUGUGAUAAUAUGUAUAAUAAAGUCAAAUUUUCUAUUGAAA